AAAAGCCGAACCCGGAUGUAGACCUUGUUCCGUGUAAACGCUGUUAGCGAUAGCAAAAGAUUUUUUGUUUUGUUUUUCCGCAGGCUCAAAACAACGAAAACCUAAUAAAUGGGGAGAUAUAAGUGUGCCUAUAAUUGUGAGAACUCAAGCGAUCCAGAUGUUAAAUUCUUCAAGUUCCCUCUGUAUAAUCCCAGAAAACUGAAGAAAUGGCUGGCCAACAUGAAGUGGAAGGACUGGACUCCGUCCCGCUUCUCUGUUCUCUGCAUGGAUCAUUUCGAGGAAUGGUUCAUCGACAGAUCGGGAAAGUCUGCCACGCUCCGAGAAGAUGCCGUUCCCACCAUCUUCUCGUCGUCUGACAACACGCAGAGAAAAACGGCUUCUACCAACACCAGACGUAAGAGGCAAAAGACUUCUGAUGCUGAAACCUCAGAGGAGUCGUCUCAAACUGCAACAAGCCCUCCGGUCACAGCCCAGAGCAAAGAUCUGAACCAGACGGAGGAAGAACUUCUGGAGGACGAAGCAUCMGGAGACGAGCAGAAGAAACCAGAGAAAUGGAGAAUCGUAGUUGAUGAGCGGCUGAUGAAGAUUGACUCGUUUCCACACUUUUUUCAUGGAGACUACUGCGCCCAGCAGAACAUUCACUGGGCUCCAGAUGAUAAUUCCAGUACGAACAGUAAAGACUGUGAUCAGAUCAUAGAGGUGAACGAGCCGUGGCAGUGGCUGGGGCUGGACGUCAGGGGUCCGCUGACACGAACGCCCACUGGACACAGGUACAUCCUAACGGUGACGGACUACUUCUCCCGAUGGGUGGAGGCCGCAGCCAUGCCGUCGUGCCUCCCGUCUCACGUGGCGAAGAGCGUCGCUGACAUCGUCGCCCACCUGGGCUACCCGGUCCGAAUCCUGUCCAGGCUGCCUCACGACGUAGUCCACAGGAUCAACCGAGAGCUGAAGGAGCGGCUGAAGGUUCAGGUCGACCUGGUGGUUCAUCAUCCGCAGACGGGAACUGUGGAUUGGGUUACACCACAGAUGAUAGACAGGAUGGUAAGCGAACUAUCAGAGCAGCAUGAAGCCGACUGGGAUGUUUACCUGCCUGCUAAAGUUUUCAGUCUGUGCUUCAAGGAGCACUCAGCGACGAAGCAGAGGCCCUUUUCACUGCUGUGCUGUUCGGGCCGAGAGCCCGUUCACUCCCCCAGAGGGCUGGAUUCUGAUAACGCCAAGAUCCAGAAAUGCACUUUAGUGAUUAAAUAAACAUUAAUUCUGACAUUUGAACCACAGAGGAGUGUUUUUAUCCUCUGAAGCUACAGAAACUACAGAAAAAGCUGCAAUCUGCUGCAUCCUAUACUCGCCUGAGGAGUCUGAUGAAUUCCUGCUGAACAUACGUUCUUGUGUUUUUGUACUGUAUUUAUUUCCACUCUUGUAGAAUAAAAUAUUUUCAUUUCAA